AUGGCAAAAGUUGAGGAACCAAUCCUAUCUAGACUCGACCGACUUGACAACAUUUUGAGGCAAUUGGAGGAAAUUAGAGGGCAUAAUAGGUCAGCAAGGAGCUCUUGUGCAUCCACACCGUCGAGUGGGACCCUCACAAGUGAUGGUCAGGCCUCGUCCGUUGAUUUCUCUCCGAAGAGCCUAGAGAAGCACUGCCGUCCGAUUGACGACGUGGUCAUGGAGACUGAGCACAAAGGAACGCUUAUUGAGAGGGUGGUUCGAGUAGAACAGCGUGUGCUAAAGAUAGAAGAAGAAUUAGAGACGGAGAAGAAGAGAGGAGAGAAGUUUCGACACCAUCUUUGUCAGAGAAAAAAGCACACAAGAAGAGUUUGA